GAGAAGACUGGGUAAAAAUGAAAGAGCUCUUGGGGACAAAGCUUUAUUGCGGCUUAGGGAGCAGAUAAGCAAAUCGAGCCAAAGGGGCUGGAGUGAACAGAGCUGGGCGGAGGAGUCUCCAGGGAACAGAUGGGCGGAGCCCUGGAGGGACCAGGGGUUUUUAAUCACAGGGCUGGCCCAUUCUAGGAGCUACAGGAAGUGGCCCUGGGGACCUGCCUCAGCCUCAGUUCAGAUUCUCAUUUCCCCGAGAGCCUGCUCGAAUAUCAGCCAUGCUUGUCACAUUGGGUUCCCUAGUUGGGGCCAUUUGGGCCGCGCUCCAUCUCCGGAUUUUGCUGCUGGCUGCUGUCACCUUUCUGUUCCUGGCUGAUUUCCUCAAAAACCGGCGCCCCAAGAACUACCCGCCAGGGCCUUGGCGCCUGCCCUUAGUGGGUUGCUUGUUCCAUUUGGAUCCUAAACAGCCACACCUAUCCCUUCAGCAGUUUGUGAAGAAAUAUGGGAAUGUUUUAAGCCUGGAUUUUGCUAACAUACCUUCAGUGGUUGUAACUGGCAUGCCCUUAAUCAAAGAAAUCUUUACUCAAAUGGAGCACAAUUUUUUGAAUCGCCCUGUCACUCUUCUCCGAAAACAUCUCUUUAACAAAAAUGGAUUGAUCUUCUCCAGUGGCCAGACAUGGAAGGAGCAAAGAAGGUUUACCCUGAUGACACUGAGGAACUUUGGACUAGGAAAGAAGAGCUUAGAGCAGCGAAUACAAGAGGAGGCCUACCACCUUGUGGAGGCCAUAAAAGAUGAGGGAGGACAGCCUUUUGACCCUCACUUCAAUAUCAACAAAGCAGUCUCCAAUAUCAUUUGCUCUGUUACCUUUGGGGAGCGCUUUGAGUACCAUGACAGUCAGUUUCAGGAGAUGCUGAGGCUACUGGAUGAGGCCAUGUGUUUGGAGUCAUCAGUGAUGUGCCAGCUCUACAAUACCUUUCCAAGGAUACUUCAGUAUCUUCCUGGAUCACACCAAACACUUUUCAGCAACUGGAGAAAACUGAAGUUGUUUAUUUCUGAUAUUAUUAAGAAUCACCGGAGAGACUGGGAUCCAGAUGAGCCAAGGGACUUCAUUGAUGCUUUCCUCAAGGAAAUGGCAAAGUACCCAGACAAGACUACUACAAGUUUCAAUGAAGAAAACCUCAUCUGCAGUACUUUGGAUCUUUUCUUUGCUGGUACAGAGACAACAUCCACUACACUGCGCUGGGCUCUGCUCUGCAUGGCCCUGUACCCAGAAGUCCAAGAAAAAAUGCAGGCUGAGAUUGACAGAGUGAUUGGCCAAGGAAGACAGCCAAACCUGGCAGACCGAGACUCCAUGCCCUACACCAAUGCUGUCAUUCACGAGGUGCAGAGAAUAGGCAACAUCAUCCCCUUUAAUGUUCCCAGGGAAGUGGCAGUUGACACCAAUUUGGCUGGAUUUAACUUGCCAAAGGGUACUAUGAUUCUAACCAACUUAACCGCACUGCACAGGGACCCUAAAGAGUGGGCCACCCCAGACACCUUCAAUCCAGAGCACUUUUUGGAGAAUGGACAGUUUAAGAAGAGAGAAUCCUUUCUGCCAUUCUCAAUGGGAAAGCGAGCAUGUCUUGGAGAACAACUGGCCAGGUCCGAGCUGUUCAUUUUUAUCACUUCUCUUAUCCAAAAAUUUACCUUCAAGCCCCCAGUCAAUGAGAAGCUUAGUCUGCAAUUCAGAAUGUCCGUCACCAUUUCCCCAGUCAGUCACCGCCUUUGUGCAAUUCCUAGGCUGUGAUGUCGAAGAGGAAAGUAUGAAGAAAUUGCAUCUGCAUGGAAGACACUGGUGCCUGCUCACAUUGAGGGGAUAGAAUUAAAGGUGACUGAGGGAGUGUGUGCAAUGAGACUAAGGAAAUUGAAUCAAGCUAUGGGUUCAUUAAGUAGAAAGCCACUUGUGAGCUCAAUGGCACAGCUUCACGACUGACAUCUUGCAGAGAAAAAUGAUUCUUCCAGAAAAGAAAAUGAUUACGUGAUCAUGGAGAAUGGAUUAAGUGACUAUGUAAAUCAUAAAAACGAUCAUAAAAUUUAUACCUUUA